AUGCAGGGCGUCACGGUUGAGCAGGUCGCCGCGUGGCUUUACGAGCAUCGGUGCCCCGCGACGCUGGUGGAGCUCUACAGCGAGUGGAAGACGGUGCACCAUGAGGUGCACGCCCCAUUCCUCGAAUUGGCGGUUGCGUGCGGCCCAGUAGAUGCGGUGCCAGCGAGCGCCGGUGACGUGACGAGUGUGGCGCUCGAUGAGGCGGUGGUGGACGUGCUUGUGGCCUACGGAAAGCAGCGGGGAAGGGCUGCUCUCUGGGGGGCUGUAAAGCAGGCGACGGCGCAGUUUGCAUCCUCCGAGUCUCCGUUGGUGGAAGACGAAGGAGCCGACUUCCUGCAUCAUCGUUCUCCCAGUGUUCCUCUUGCAUCUGCAGUUGCAGAGGACCAACAGUCUUCCCUCACGGGGGCUGUGAAGCGGGGAACUGGCAGUAGCCAAGAUGUUGCGACCGGCAUGCUGGUCCCUUUUCACUCGCGGUUGCAGCGUGCAGAGGAAGACUUGGAGAAGACACUUACGGUGCUUUCAAAAGGACUGCCGAGCCUCUUGAGUGCAGUGGACCCCAUGCGGAAGGAUGUCCUCAUCCCCAUCCUUGGCCUUGCGGCGACCCUAAAUCGCACAAAGUCGAGCAAGGCUGCCGCCCGCCUUCAGCUUCUUACCCUCUACACUCGUCCAAACCGCGAACACCGGGCCGCAGUUGCCGGGGCGUGGGCAAUGACUUUGCGGAACGUCCCGUCCUCUGUUUUGGAGUACGACAUUGUGCCGGAGCUGUUUAACCUGGUCAACGCAAGGUCGACAGAAAGGCACCUUUUGGCCCUGGAGUGUGUCAUGUGUGUUGCCCCUCUCCUGGGAACGGGGCAGGAUGCCCUACGCAAAUCCAUUUGUCAAGGAUUAUUGCGACCACUCAGCGAGGAUGAGGCGCGCACAGUGCGGUGUUGUGUGGUGCAGUGUGUUGCGGAGCUCUGGCCCAUCUGUCCCAGUGAAACGGAGGAAAGCGCAACGAGUCAUGUCACCGUGAGUGAUUUGCUUUCCUGCCACGUUGAAAUUAUUUUGCGUCUUGGUUUACACGACACCAGCGGCAAGGUGCGACGCUGUGCGCUGCAGAGUUUGCGCAACCAUCUCCUGCGCCCGACGUGUACGCCGCCUCUUGUGGCUCUUACACGUAUUGUUCCACUGCUUCUCUCGUGUAUCGAAAGGGAGUCCGCAGUGUUGGAAUCUGGCGAUACACCUAUGCGGAAAGGUGCUUCCGCAAUUGCGGUGAAAAGCCUCGAUGUUGUGGAGGGCACUGUUACCGAGAACAUGUUGACGUUGGCCAGCCUGAUUGAAGAUGCCCUCCGACACGCGCUUGAUGGUGCUGCAGGUGAAGAUGGUGGAGUGGCGGCAUCUGUGUUGGAUGCGUACCUCCGCGUGGUACUGCCCUCCGCGUAUGCCUUGGUGCUGGUGAGUCACGAGCAGGACACCUUGAACACCUCCAUUUGCGCCGUGGCAUCGGCGUUGGCGACGGUGGCUCCCGCGCUUCGCAUGGAUCAGUGGCGGCAGGUGCGGGGUUCGCUCGAGGCCUUCACGACACACGGGGGCAGCAUCGAUGACCGUGGUGAUAGCAAGGUUUGGCGCGGCGCCGGGUGGCGUCAACGGCAGUUGUGUUUCUUGUUCACCUUUUUGACCCGGGUCGCUGGUGGGACGGAAGUUACCGGGACUUCGCCCUCGGUGGGCGUUGACGGCAUCACGAAGGAGGCCUCUACGUGGCUGCGUGCGAUGUUGCUGGUGGAGGUGGUGGAGGAGGGGCGGGCGGAGGUGCAUGAAGCGAGGCGGGGGCAACGGGGAGAGGCGGGUGGCGGUGGGCGUGCAGAGGAAAUGCAAAGUGCGGUGGUGCCGUGGUCGGAGGCGAGUGCGCGACUCGAUGCCAGCGCGACGUGCCUCGCUUGGUUUGCGACUCAUGUGAAUGACGGCAGCGGCAGUGCGGCGGCGGUUGCCUCCAUGCUCUGGUCGCUCGCCGAGUCGCCGGAAGAGAGGCAGCGCAGGCUUGCCGUUACCCUCGUGGAGCGUGUGAGUGGGCUGCCGAAGGACGACAAGGUGCGGGAGACGAGUAUUUGGCCGCCGCUGCUAUUGCUCAUGAAUGACGCUGUAUAUGAGGUGAAGGAGGCCGCCAUGAGGGCGGCACUUUCAAUGGUGAAGUUCGUCAGCACCCCGGAAGCGCAAGAGAAGGUGAUGGUCAUUGUGCUCGCAAUGGUUGAGGCGGAGGGAUGCUCCUCGCGACUAGGUGUGGCGUUCUUGCGCCACUGGUGUUCGCUCCUGCGUGAGAUGCCGGCGGAGCCGCGUGAGUCCUUCCUGUACCCCCAAUUGUCCAAUAUGGUCAACCAACUGAGUGGGACAAUGCGGCGGAUGGAGACGAAGCCGGCAACGUUCACUGUGGCAGGGAGAAGGGGCAGUUUGCCCCCCUCGGAACAGCGUACGCUGACGGAGGACGCGUUAGAGUCUGUGCUUGCUGUUCUGGCAGCUAUCCCUCGCUGCGCUGUUGUGACACCACAGCUUGUGACUAAGUACCUUAUCCCCAGUAUUCAGCUCCUGGGGUCCCUAAGAUCCCUCCCUGCACAGAGUCGCUCCCAGCUGCUUAGCAUCACAAAGGAAUACACGGCGCUGCUGCAGUCCAGUAAAGGGGCCCGCGGCAAGUCCAGUGUGUUUGACCGGAUGCGAAGUGAGCUGAAGAAGCACUUUUAA